AUGAAAUUUCAAAAUCCCAAAGGCAUCUUGUCUGUGAUCUUUGUAUAUAUCAUCAUAUUCAGUGAGUAUUAUGUAUUUGUAUUUCAUUAUUUACCUUAUAGAUAUGACAAUGUAUUACAUAUAUUAUAAUCAUAGAAUAGUCAAUCCACCAUUUUUAUUGCUAUUGAAUUUACAUUAAUUUACCUAAUGAUUCAUUGGGCAUAUAUUCAAGCACAAAUAUAAUCACCAGGAAAUCCAUCACCAGAUUUAGUAUUAUAUUUAUAUUUAAAUCUAUAUUAAGGCUAAGAAUUAUUAAGAACAUACUCUAUAAGAAAUCAAGAGUAGAACUAAAAAACAUUCAGAAAUCAUUUAAAAAAAAAGAUAACAAAAAUUAAUGAAAAAAUAUGAAUUAGCUAUUGAUGAAGAAGAUGAAAUAUUGUAAUCAAAUCUAAUAACAUCUAUUAUUAUAGUGAUAUCAUCUAAGCUAUGUAACUUGAUUCCUAUUGUUUUAAAUGCAAAAACAUCAAAUAACCUAGAACUCAUCAUUGCAAAGAAUGUAAUAAAUGUAUUUUAAGAAUGGUAUUUAUUUUAAAUACACCUUAAAUAGGAUCAUCAUUGUCCUUGGGUUAAUAAUUGUAUUGGAUUAAAAAAUCAUCGAUACUUUUGUUAAUUCAUCAUUUAUGCACUAUUAUGUAUGUCAUAAUGUUUCAUAUUCAUCACAAUUGAACUCUUAGGAAACACUUAACUUAAAGGAGAUUCUAAAUUUCUAUGUUAAAUGUGUGCUUUAACUUGUUUACUCUUAUGUCUCUCUAUGGGCACACUACUUGUAUUUCAUCUUUACCAUAUUGCCAAAAAUGUUACUACUGUUGAAUUUCAUAUUGAAGAAAUGAAAACUGAUAAUCCAUUUCUAAAAUCAAAAACUAUUGACAAUUUUAAAGAACUCUUUGGUUCAAAUUAUAUUUAUUGGAUAUUGCCAUUAACUGAAAAUGAAAGUAAUAAAUCUAAAAACAAAAACGACUCAUUCGAAUUAUGA